AUGACGUUGCCGUGGAGACAGCUGCUCCUGCUCUCGGUCGUGGGCUGCCUCGGAGGUGAGCUGCCCUCGCAAGGCCCCGUGUUCGUCACAGAGCCCAGCAGCAGCAUCGUCCCCAUGGGCUUGGGCGGUCAGAAGGUCACCCUCAGCUGCGAAGCCAGAGGCAGCCCUCCACCUCGCUACAGGUGGCAGCUGAACGGCAGCGACGUGGACCUGGACGCCGGGGGCCGCUACGCGCUGCGCGGAGGGUCCCUGGUGGUCAGCGACCCCCGCCGGAGCCAGGACGCGGGGACCUACCGCUGUUUCGCCACCAACCCGCUGGGCACCAUCGUCAGCCGAGAAGCCAGGCUGCAGUUCGCGUAUCUCGAAAACUUCAAAGGCAGCCUGAGGAGCGCCGUGUCGGUGCGGGAAGGCCAGGGCGUGGUGCUGCUGUGCGGCCCGCCGCCCCACGCCGGGGCGGAGCUGUCAUACGCGUGGAUCUUCAACGAGUUCCCGGCGUUCGUCGAAGAGGACAGGCGGCGGUUCGUCUCCCAGGAGACCGGCCACCUGUACAUAGCCAAGGUGGAGCCGUCCGACGUGGGGAAUUACACCUGCGUGGUGACGAGCACGGCGACGGCCGCCGGGGUGCUGGGCCCGCCGACGCCUCUGCUGCUGCGUCCCGACGGUGCGAUGGGCGAAUACGAACCCAAGAUAGAGGUUCACUUUCCAGAGAGUCUGCCGGCCGCUAAGGGUUCGACCGUGAGACUGGAGUGUUUUGCCCUCGGAAACCCCGUACCCCAGAUCACCUGGAGGAGGGGCGGCGGGCUGCCCUUUCCCGGGAAAGUGACGCAGAGGAAGGCGGGCGGCGUGCUGGAGGUCCCCGACUUCCAGCAGGAGGACGCCGGCUCCUACGAGUGCAUCGCCGAGAAUUCACGCGGGAGGAACGCGGCUCGGGGACGCCUCACGUACUACGCGAAGCCUCACUGGGUCCAGCCCAUCGAGGACGUGGAACUCGCGGUGGAAGACAGUCUGUCCUGGCAGUGCCGGGCGGGCGGGAAGCCCACACCCUCCUACCGGUGGCUGAAGGACGGGGCGGCCCUGGCACUCGAGGAGAGGGUCCAGAUAGAGAACGGAGCCCUGACGAUCGCGAACCUGAGCGUGGCCGACGCGGGCAUGUUCCAGUGCGUCGCCGAGAACAAGCAUGGCCUCGUGCAGUCCAGCGCCGAGCUGCGGGUCACGGCGUCUGCUCCGGACUUUUCAAGGACUCCGAUGAAAAAGUUGAUCCGGGCCCAGGUGGGCAGCGAGGUGGCCUUGGACUGCAGGCCCAGGGCCUCCCCGAGAGCCGUGUCAUCCUGGUGGAAGGGCCACGUGCCCCUGCGGGACAGCGGAAGGCGUCAGACUCAGAGCCUGCGAAAAGCGAACAACGGCCCCAAAGAUGCCCACGUCCUGAUCACCUGGAACCGCAGGUGUAAAGAGGUCGUCGUGUUCUCCCUGACCGUGUCCGGGGGCCGGAAUCCGGGGCAAGGCUCGGCUGGGCCGUGUGCCCGGGGUGGUGCCGGCGGCCGACGUGGCUGUGGCCCCAGAGCCGGGAGCGGGCUCUGCCCUGCUUUCUCGUCGUCAGCGCCAAGUCCCCUCUGUGCGCUGUCUCCACGUGGGGCCACUUUGGGUUCCCUCAAGACGUGCUGGCCUCAGGAGGAGUCGAAAUGCGUGCAAGUUCCAGCCAGCAAGCUGGAAGCCACAGACCUCACUUUCCCGCUGGCCACCAGUGGCCCGCCUCACCCCUGGGUUCCCGGAGAGCUCCGAAGCGGGGACUCGGCCAUGGCCGCCUCCUGUGCGCCGUGCUGGGCACAGAAGAAGCCGGAGUGGACGAGGCAGACGCGGCCCCGCACUGUGGGUGAAGCAGAAGCGGGGACAGACCACCUCAGCCCACCUUCCUUCCCGGGAGCCUGCCGGUCCCACAAUGGCCGAGUCCCGCUGCUGCCCUCCCUGGGCAGCGAGGAAGCGGCCCUCCGGGGGCCUGUGGCUGUCACCGGGUCUCUGACCCGCAUCACUCGGCUGACGUCGCCGGAGCGUGGGUCCCACGGUUUUCCUGAGCGCUGCUGGUGGACCUCUGUGAAUGCGGCGGGCGGCGGCGUCUGGCCGGUGUCCGGGGCGGUGGGUCGUCACCGGCGCUCAGAUGGCGUCACAAAGUCCAGGUCAGCGUCCAAGACCACAGUCUCCUUCCUGGGCAAGCGUUUGACAGCCGUAAACUCGGUGCCAUCCCCGAGUGACAGCACAGGCCACCGGAGGGGCACUCACCCCCCGCUAACCAUGGACCGCGCCAAGCCAGGAGGCAGACCCACCUCUGACCGCCAGAGGCGGCCACGAGCGGGCGCGCGGAAGGAGCCCCGUGACACCCGGCAGGAGCCCAAGUGCCGCAGAGACCGGAGCCGCCCUCCUCAGCUGGCGUUCUCGGCCCCCGUGUUCGUUGCAGAGUCCAUGGCUCCCAAGUCGCUGGCCGUGCCUCUGACCCUGACCCUGACCCUGACCCUCAUUCCCAAGCGGGGGGAGAGGCACAAACCCGUGCACGGAGGGACCUCGAUUCUUCCCACACUCCGGGUCGGCCCACAGCCGACGAGAAUCACUGUGGCUCCGUCGGACAUGGACGUCUCCGUGGGCGAAAGCGUGGUCCUGCCCUGCCAGGCGCGGCACGACCCCCUGCUGCGCGGCACCUUCACCUGGUACUUCAACGGGGCCCGGGCCGACGCCGGGGACGAUGGCGCCCACUUCAAGCGUGUUCACGGCCCGUGUGUCCCACAGAGCGCGUCUGGCGAUCUGAUGAUCAGAAACAUCCAGCUGAAGCACAGCGGGGAGUACGUGUGCGUGGUGCAGACCGCGGUGGAGAGCGUGUCGUCCGCCGCCAACCUCACGGUGAGAGGCUCCCCAGGACCCCCGGAGAACGUGAAGGUGGAGGAAAUCACAGACACCACGGCCCAGCUCUCCUGGAGAGAAGGCGCAGACAACCGCAGCCCGGUCACGUGGUACUCGGUGCAGGCGAGGACGCCCUUCUCCGUGGGCUGGCAGGCCGCCACGACAGUGCCCGAGGUCAUCGACGGGAAAACCCGCACGGCCACUGUCGUCGAGUUAAGGCCCUGGGUGGAGUAUGAGUUCCGCGUGGUCGCCAGCAACAAGAUCGGAGGUGGAGAGCCCAGUUUACCGUCAGAAAAAGUAAGAACUGAGGAGGCAGCUCCCGAGGUGGCGCCUUCGGAAGUGAGCGGAGGCGGCGGAAGCCGGUCCGAGCUGGUGAUCACCUGGGACCCGGUGCCUGAGGAGCUGCAGAGCGGUGAGGGCUUCGGCUACGUCGUCGCGUUCCGGCCCCUCGGAGUCACCGACUGGAUUCAGACGGUGGUCACGUCGGCCGACACCCCGAGAUACGUCUUCAAGAACGAGAGCAUCGUGCCGUUCUCUCUAUACGAGGUUAAAGUGGGCGUUUACAACAACAGAGGCGAAGGGCCCUUCAGCCCGGUGACCACCGUGUUCUCUGCAGAGGAAGAGCCGACAGCAGCUCCAUCUCGAGUCUCAGCAAGGAGCCUGUCCGCCUCGGAGAUCAGGGUGUCCUGGGGCGCCGUCCCUUGGAAGCUGAGCAAUGGACACUUACUUGGCUACGAGGUGCGCUACUGGAGCAGCGGCGACGAGGAGUCGGCGAGCACAGUGACGGUGGCAGCGAGCGAGACGUCGGCCACGCUGGGCGGCCUGAGGAGCAACCUGGCGCAUCACGCGGCCGUGCGCGCGUUCAACAGCGCCGGCGCCGGGCCCUUCAGCACCACGGCCAGCGCCACCACCAGGAAGCCGCCUCCCAGCCGACCACCCGGGAACAUCGUCUGGAACACCACGGACUCGAAGGUGCUGCUGAGCUGGGACCGUGUCAGAGCCACGGAGCACGAGUCCGCAGUGACGGGAUACAAAGUUUUCUACAGGACCAGCGGUCAGAGUGACACACACGUGCUGCGCACAAAUGAGACAUCGGUGGAGCUGCUGCUGCCCAUCAGAGAGGACUGCGUCCUCGAGGUGAAGGCCACGACCGAUGGCGGGGACGGCGCCAGCAGCGAGCAGAUCCGGAUUCCGGGAAUAACCGAUACGGAUGCACGAGGGUCCACGUCCGCCAUCGCGAAUGUCCACCCCAUGUCAAGUUAUGUACCGAUAACCCUGUGCUUCAUAGCAAAUGCCCUGUGGUGA